GCCGGGCUGGGCGGGGCCGGACGUGAGCGAACUUCCGCGGGCGGCGGGGCCGCCAUGGCGGCAAAAAGUCCUGCUGAUAGUACUCCAAGAAGGCCUGUUUUAUCUGUCAGUGCAAGAAAAAUUAAAGAUAAUGCAGCAGACUGGCAUAAUUUAAUGAUGAAAUGGGAGAGACUGAAUGAUAAUGGAUUUACUAUAGCAAACAAAAUAGUCAACAUGAAGAUCAGUGAGCAAUUUCAAGACAGAAAACUGGAGAUAGCAUGUGGUAACAGUGUCACAGAACCUGAAAAGCCAGCCCCAAAAUACAAUGAAGAACUGGACAGCUGCUGUGCAGAAUUACUUGAGACCUUAAAGCAGAUGACAAAAAUACAACUGAAAAUGGAAAAGCUUACUUCGACUACUAAAGCAAUCUGUGACUUGGAAGCAUUCCGCCAUGGAGCUGGGAAUUGCACAGCACCCUUCUUUCAUACAUGGCCCACACCAUACUUCUAUGAGGUCUCCCUGAAGCUCUCUGAAAUGUACAAGAAGGAACUACAACUCAAGCAAGCAAUUGUACAAGACAUUGCUCAUUCUGCUGACCAGGAUCUGAUGAUGGUGUAUUUAUCAUCAUGGUUAUACCAGCCUUACAUUGAGAACAGCAGCACACUGCUACUCGAAGCCAUGCUGCUGGAGACAGGACACAGAAAGUGCUAGAAUUCCAAAGGUUACGUGUCUGGCUUCUAAUGAUGCUUACAUGAAAUGGCAAAUUGCAAGGCUUACCAAGCAUGGUGUACUGGCUGCAACCACGGUAGUGUUUGGAGACCUUGAAGCCGACGCUGCAGCACGAGUAGCUUUCUGUCCAUUUACCAUCUUAGAUGUGGGAAUCUUGUUCACAGACACUGAUCUGUGAGAUGGUAAAGGUCUCUGCAUAAGCAACUGAACUGGAGACUCGGAAGAACUAUGCAGGAAUAGCUGCUGCUGCUGCUGCUCAGUUCCUGAAACAGGCUGUAUCCUAAUUAUCUGGGGAUUAAUAAUGCCAAGUCCUGGCAUGCUAGAAUUCCUACCAACCGGCUGACUCAGCGUUAUAGUUGUGGACUGGAUCGGUGCCAAUGAUGUCAUUGGCCUUUCAGUUUCCUUCAUCUGUCCUGGCUGAACUUGGACACAAAUGGCUUCCAGCUGCUUUUGUGGAAAAAAGGAAGAGUUGCAAUUACACAAAUACAGUAUUAAUAAAUACAGUACUUAUCAAGA